GAGGGCGAGGAGGGCAGGGGGCAAGGAGCUUUGGGACGGACAGGACUCCAGGCUGGCCUCUGCAGAAAGAGUGAGAGUGGAGAGAUGGAGAAGCUCCUGCAGCGUCCACCCGGCCUGGGGACCAGCUGCGGGGAAGGGGUAGCCAGGCAGCGCGGUGUCACCCCGCGGGCUCCGGUGGAAACUUCUGCUCUGUCCUUCCUUGGGCUUGCCUCUGGGCAGUCCACACUCCGAGGCAGGGCGCUCAGAACUGAACGUUUCCAGGGCUCUCGCUUCCGACCCCUGACCUUUCCUUUUCAACUGCUCUGAGGCGACUCUGCGCGUGCCCCCAACCCGGUUCCUUUCCCUUUUCUGCGGCGUCCUGGUGUUGGGCAUCUGUUCUCAGCGUAAACUAAGCAUGGGGCCAAUGAGGCUCCUGGUGAAUCUAGUGGACCAGGCGUGGGGACACGCAGAGCGCCCCAGCUCCUCAGGCAGAUAUUGCAGCUGGGUACGGUGCUACUAACUCGCCUACAUCAUACUAUGCGGCAGUAACAUGUUCCCGGCGUUGGAAACAGAACUAAAGCCGGAGACUCUUCCUGAUCCCUAUGAGGACUUUAUUCACCAUCACCUCCAGUAUUAUGGAUAUUUCAAAGCUCAGAAAAGCAGCCUGCCAAACUCAGGCACUCAUCAGCGCGUUUGGAGGAACAGCCCUCGGUACAUGUUGAAUGGCUCUUUUGGAGAAAGAGAUGAUUUCAUCUCGGACAGUUUGGAAAAAGAGAUGCUUCUGUGGCCUACCUGUUUAUCUUCAACUGGGCAUGCUCACAUAGACGCUGUAAACAGAGACUCACUUCUGCUGAGCUCGCCGCUCCUGAGGACCAGGCAGCUGAUUUUUGAUGAGCUAGAUGAAGCAAGCCCACGGCUUCGAGAACCCCGAGAACUCUUCUCAUGUUUCUCUAGCAGAGGGCCGCUGCAGGCUCCAAGAUGGCCAAUCGAAUGUGAGGUCAUCAAGGAAAACAUUCAUCACAUUGAGUGGGUUCCACAUCAACCAGAAUAUUUCUACCAACCUACAGGAAGCGAGAAGGUGCCAGAGAUUGUGGGAGAGGAGCAAGGUACAGUUGUGUACCAGCUAGAUUCAGUGCCUGCAGAAGGCACCUAUUUCACUAGUUCCAGAAUAGGAGGCAAACGAGGGACCAUCAAGGAACUUGCUGUCACACUGCAAGGGCCGGACGACAAUACUCUAUUGUUUGAGUCAAGGUUUGAGAGCGGGAAUCUGCAGAAAGCCGUCAGAGUAGGUAUCUAUGAGUACGAGCUCACCUUGCGGACUGACCUCUACACGGACAAACACACUCAGUGGUUUUACUUCAGAGUUCAGAACACCAGAAAAGACGCUACCUAUCGCUUCACCAUCGUCAACUUGCUGAAACCCAAGAGCCUUUACGCAGUAGGCAUGAAGCCUCUCAUGUACUCUCAGCUGGAUGCCACCAUCUACAACAUCGGCUGGAGGAGAGAGGGCCGUGAAAUCAAGUACUACAAGAACAAUGUGGACGACGGCCAGCAGCCCUUAUACUGCCUCACCUGGACCACUCAGUUUCCUCACGACCAGGACACUUGCUUCUUCGCACACUUUUACCCAUACACUUAUACUGACUUGCAAUGCUAUCUCUUGUCAGUAGCAAACAACCCCAUCCAGUCUCAGUUCUGCAAGCUCCGAGCCCUAUGCAGGAGCCUAGCAGGGAACACUGUCUACCUGCUGACCAUCACCAACCCAUCCAGGACCCCUCAAGAGGCAGCCGCAAAGAAAGCUGUGGUCUUGAGCGCCCGAGUCCACCCUGGAGAGAGUAACAGCUCCUGGAUCAUGAACGGCUUUUUGGACUUCAUCCUUAGCAACUCUCCCGAUGCCCAGCUCCUCAGGGAUAUCUUUGUCUUCAAGGUGAUUCCCAUGUUAAACCCAGAUGGCGUGAUAGUGGGGAACUAUCGGUGUUCGCUGGCUGGAAGGGACUUGAACAGGCAUUAUAAAACCGUUCUUAAGGACUCCUUCCCUUGCAUUUGGUACACCAAGAACAUGAUCAAAAGGCUUCUGGAAGAAAGAGAGGUUCUCUUGUACUGUGAUUUCCAUGGGCAUAGCCGCAAGAACAACAUCUUCCUGUAUGGCUGUCACAGCAACAACCGCAAGCACUGGCUCCAUGAGCGUGUCUUUCCUUUAAUGUUGAGCAAGAAUGCACCAGACAAGUUCUCUUUCGACAGCUGUAACUUUAAGGUCCAAAAAUGCAAAGAAGGAACGGGAAGAGUGGUGAUGUGGCGGAUGGGCAUCAUCAACAGCUACACCAUGGAGUCUACCUUUGGCGGGUCUACCCUGGGUAGUAAAAGAGACACUCACUUUACCAUUGAGGACCUGAAGUCCCUAGGGUAUCAUGUCUGUGACACUCUUCUGGAUUUCUGUGAUCCUGACCAAACCAAGUACACACAGUGUCUACAAGAGCUUAAGGAGCUCCUACAACAGGAAAUCAACAAAAAGUUGAAUAACUUUGGACAAGAUAUGGAUUUAGAAGGAAACUGGAGUGACAUUCCUUUGUCUGACAUUGAAUCCAGCACGAGUGGCUCGGACAGCUCCCUCUCCGAUGGCCCUCCCAUUCGUCUACUGAACAUCGUUGCAGAUGAGCCAAAUCAGAAGACGGUGUUAAAGAAUCCAAAAAAGAAGAGACUUCAGACUAGAAAACAGCGGAAUGAGCAGUACCAGAAGAGCUACUUGAUGCGGGAGUUAAAGUUAACAGAAAACGCCCCAGGAAGGGCGAGAUUUGUCUCUACUCUGCAAAAGCAGCCUACUUUUUUGAAAAGUCCAGAGAGUCCUAGCCCUUCAGUAAGGAGAAGUGAAAACCCAAGGCUCAAUGAGACACAGUUAAGUGGAAGAGAGAAGGGCACCUCCCUGGAUCCACCACUGACCAGCCCUAAGAAUAAAGAAAGAAUUCAGUCAUACAGCCAGCCAUGUGUUUUUUCCUUGAUCCUUCAUGAGCACCAAGCACAGACGUCCAGCGACACGCCCUGUCAGAAUCCAGAGUCCCAUUAAAGACGAGUCACUCAGAAGGCCUAACCCCAUAGUUCCUGCCCCACGUCUGGCCUUUAAUAUACAACAACCAUAUGUCAGACUGAACUACUCAACACCAAGACGACGUCCGAUCCAUCUCUUAGGGUUGCCUGACCUUCAUCUUUUGGGCAGAUGAGGAAGGACAAGCAUUUGGAUAUAGAAAAUGGGUGAAAGGUCACAGAAAUGAAAAAACCAAAAUUCUGCCUGCACUUAGCUAUCUGCCAGUACAAAAUUAACAACUGAAGAUACAGGGACACAUCUUCAAACAAUGUAAAGGAAGGUCACCCCAAUAUCUCUCUCUUUCAGUCCAAGAAAUGGCUUUUAUCUCUAACAGCAAUGAACUAUAUACAGUAAGAACAAUUCUGACAACUAUCAGGUAAGAAUUACCUUCACAGUGUCCAGUCCAUUUGUAUUUGGCAACCUUGGAGAAAGUACUCCACUAGGUAUCUUAUCUUGGUGAUACCAAAGUUCUGUACCUAAAUCGAUUUCUUAUCACCAUUUAAGUUUAUUAUCCUCUCACAUCUAGGAAAAGAUACAGGAGAAGUUGGUAACUUGCAUUUACCAACCUUAAAACUUCUUUUUAGACCCUCAAGCACUUUGUUAGAUCAUAAACAAUGUAAGCUUUUAUGUCUUUAAUCUUUAUGACCUUUAUACCUCCUUUGUGGAUUUUCUUUUAUUUUUAAUUUGAUUAUAAGGAAAAUAUGAGCCUGGAACUCCCUAGUCUUCAAUCUCACCCGUGUAAGCAGGAAGUGCAAAGCGAGCAGCUUCUGCAUCUUUAAAGAACGGAGACAUCACCGACUAACUGCUUCCUGGCAGGGACCCAAGGCUCCUGUAUUAAUGGCGCAUCUACCUUCGGCUGCCAGGCCCAGCUUUGACAGACUUUUCUGUGAAGCAGAAAUUUUGAAGGGUUCUCUUAUCUUGUCACAGCAAAGUGGGGCAAUCAACUUCCCCAUGUCCUGCAUGUCCCCAGUUUGGACAGUGUGCUGUCAGCAGGCGAAGAAAAGGGCAGUUUACAGCCCAGUGUCCAGCUUUGCCACAUUUGAAGCAAGUGCCAGGUGGAGAGUCUUCUGUGCCCAUCAUCAUCUUUGGGGGAGAUUAGGGGUGCUGCCAGGAACUGAUGUGUCUCUCUGUAUGAAAGGCCUUUUGUUAUUAAAACAUCUUAAAUGCCA